GUCCUACAAACUUCGCAGCCGAUUACCGUAUGCCUGGAUCAUUUGGUGAUUAGUUGAGUCCUCUUGUCACGUCGACAGAUGCUUAAGUUACCCCACUACCAGUUUCUGUGCCAUCUGUGCCAUCUGAGGCGGUGCUCAACGAGUCCUACAUCCCGGGAUACGGCAAACUCUGCCAUGUCGAUGUCUCUGGCCUUGUCGAAAUGACGCGCGCCGCUCUCCAGCUAUACUCAUCCACCGCACCCAGCGAGGUCCGUAUCUUUAAAACUGGAUCUUUCAACAAGGUGUUCUUCAUACAAUUCGGCACCAUCGCUGUCGUCGCACGCGUCCCUUUCGACGUGCCGGCAGCACGCGAUCCCAUCCGUCUUGGAUCGCAAAUCGCGACGUUGGACUUCCUCAGGAUUCACAAGCCGACUGUACCCAUACCCAGAGUUCUCGCUGCUGCGCCCGACAACCAGAAUCUGUCGCGCGCGCCGUUUAUCAUCUCCGAGUUCUGUAGAGGGACGCCUCUCACGAUUCAAGAGUGGUACGACGACAUGUCGAAUGCGAGCCGGGACAGGGCCAUCGACCUCCUCGCCGACGCGUGGGUGAAGAUCACUGCGCCAGUCUCUCUCAAUACGAUUGGAAGCAUCGUUCAGAAUGCGUCGAACCUUCCGCAUGGUAUGCGGCCCAGCAGAGACGACGCGCAGUCGUCCGGAUUCCGUGUCAUACCCAUGAUUCCGCAAUUCCCUGACGAAUGGACUGGAGUGCUUGACCCGUCCACGGAGAGGCACUCUGGUCCUAGGAGCAUUGCUGAACAUUGGUCCCCCCUGCUGGAAGCGCAGCGCCACCAAAUCGGCGUGACGUUCGCAGGCAAAGACCCAUCUUUCGUUGUAUGGGACGACCGAGUCACUAAGCACACAUUGGAGAAGCUCUGGCAAUGCUUUCAGGCCAUGCAGGAACUCACAUGCAUCGCUGCAUCCCUGGAUCCACUGGCACGUACACCGGCGAUGGCAUUAAUGCACUCUGACUACUCGUGUUGGAAGAACAUACUCUUCUCAGCGGACCGUAGGAGCAUAGAGGGCAUCGUCGAUUGGGACGAUGCCGUUGUCCUUCCUCGCGAUCUUACGGCCAUAUACCCCGACGAGAUGACGGAUCAGGCUGGCGAAUGGCGGUCGGAUCCGCCAGACGUAUUUUCUAUCCCACCGGGUACGCUAUACGAAGACGAGGGUUCGUGGGAGACGGCGAUUCAGGAAACACAGCAGAGGCGAACGUUCAGAGAGGCUGUGGGGAGGCGGGAUCCUCAGCUGGAGGCGCUAUACACGGAUCGACGGGCGAAGCUCCGGAGAAGAGUGCAUUAUCUUGUUCGUUAUGGGUGGUACACUUGGUUAUCGAACGACCACUGGGUAUUGAGCGAGGGUCUGGAGGAAGCGCGUACGCUAGCUAGAGGUAGAAAGUGAACAUAUCCCCUUAGCUUCACGAGCAUGUGCAUCUAUGAUAGACAUCUCUGUUCUUACGCACACCCUAUGAAGCUCGAGCUCUGGGCACUUACCUACCAAAUACUGUUUCCAAUCAUAAUUGCUGUCGUGCGAUUCCAGACAUAUCGAGGACCACAAAGCCAUAUGCGCCGUAAUGCAAUGACUCUGCGAUGCAUUCGACAUUGUGCAUGAUCAUGAGUUCUUUGCCGACUUCGAGAAUGUAUUUAUGGCCAUCCCGUUCACGUUCGCAAUUGCCGUCGCGUCCCUCCACGUUCGUGACAACCGAGGAGCUUGCCUGAGAUGAUCGAAGCUUGAUACUGGGACGCAGUAAC